AUGGGAAAACUAUUACUUAUUUUCAUCAUUACAUUUACACUUUGUGAUGUCCUUAAAGCGUGUGUUACAGCUAAUACCGAUGUUCAUAUUGAGAGUAAUUUGAACAAUCUAGUACUUCAUUGCAAGUCAAAAGAUAAUGAUCUUGGAAAUGUUACUCGAAAUGCAGGGGAGGAAUUUGACAUCCAUUUUUGCGCUGAUUUUUGGGGAAGAUCAGUCUUCUCUUGCGAGUUUUACUGGGAAUCAAAGCACCAAGACUUUAUCGUUUAUGAGAGUAAACAUCCUGAAUAUUGUGAUGAAAAAGAUGAUUAUGGUUCAUACAAAACUGAUUGUUAUUGGAAAGUACAAGAAGAUGGAUUUUAUUUUCCUCAAUACUUUGAGCCUGAACCUAAUACAUGGUUUAAAAAAUAUGACUGGGAAUGA